CGUUCCGGCCCCGCCAGCAGGUGUCGCCCUCCCAGCAGACACACACAAGAUGGCGGCGGCGGAGGCAGCGGGCGGCGGCUGUGGGGGGAUUCUGUGACGGCGCCGCCAUGUUGGUGAGGGCAUUAACGGCGCCCGGGCUGCGCCGGUGGUGCCAGGGCCAGCGGGGCGCGGCCGCCGCCUGUUUCCCGCUGGGGCGGGCGCUGCUGGGCGUGAGGGGCGCCGAGGCCGCCGUGUUCCUGCAGGGGCUGCUCACCAAUGACGUCACGCAGCUGGUAGUGGAGGGCGACGCCCCCACCGCGCUCUACGCGCACGCGCUGAACGUGCAGGGCCGCUGCCUGUAUGACGUCAUCCUGUACAGGCUCCACGGGAGCACAGCAGAGGAGCCUCACAUCCUGCUGGAGUGCGACAGCAGCGUUCUGGACUCCAUCCAGCAACACCUGAAAGUCUACAAGAUCCGCAGGAAAGUCACCAUCGCCCCCUGCCCCGACCUCUCCCUGUGGGCUGUCCUCCCUGGGGACACCGGUUCCCUCCCAAAAUGUGCAGACCAGGCUCUGCUCCUAACCCCUGACCCCAGGGCAGAAGUCAUGGGCUGGAGACUGAUUGCAAAGAAAGGAGCAAAUGUGUCAGAGAUUAUUCCUGGGAGCCAAGUUGGAGACGUUGAGGAUUACCACAGGCACAGGUAUAAACAAGGAAUCCCCGAAGGGGUGAAAGAUCUCCCCCCUGGAGUGGCCCUCCCCCUGGAAUCCAACCUGGCCUUCAUGAACGGCAUCAGCUUCACCAAGGGCUGCUACAUCGGGCAGGAGCUGACGGCCAGGACGCACCACAUGGGCGUGAUCCGCAAGCGCCUGCUGCCCGUCAGCUUCCCGGGGCCCCUUCCCCGUGCCGGCAUUCCUGAGGGUGCCGAGAUCCUCACCCAGGCAGGGAAACGUGCUGGGAAGUUCCGUGCUGGAGGAGGAGAGCUGGGCAUAGCCCUGCUGAGGCUGGCUCACCUCCACGAGCCGCUCUGCGUCCCCCUGGCAGGGGACAGGGUGGAGCUCAGAGCCACCACGCCCGAGUGGUGGCCGAAAGGUGCUGCUAAGUAGGUGAGGGAGCAGUUUAGGGAGAGGUUGGCUUGGGGAUUUGGGAAUGCUGCUGUUCAGGGGAGGGGUCUUGCAGGAUUCCUCAAAUUGGGAUAAACAGCGGGAACCCAAAGCUGUGGCAGAUCACUGGGGUGGAUCUGCCGUGGGGAGACAAAUCCAGGGAGCUUUUCCUGAGGGUAAUCCCUACUUUUUUAGGGGUGCCAUGAGUUGUUGGGUUGGACCCUCUUUAGGGCGUGCCCUGUGUUGCUGGGUUGGACUCUGGAUGGUCGACACUCACUCCCUCAGACUGUGCUCUCCCAAGCAAUGGGAUCAGGAGUUUCCCUGUUCCAUGCACUGAUUUUUUCAGUUCAGAAUAACCAUUCUGAAUAAUAACCAUUAUAAUUCUGUUAGGUUUUUUUGAAUGGAGGUCAUGCUGCUCUUAUUAAGAUAUAUUCUCAGGCUGAAAUUUUUUGCUACACAUUGCUCCUUGCAUUGAGCUUCUUCAACUUGCUGAUGGGGCUGGUGUUUCUUCCCACUACUGGAAUUGUGUUCAAAAAGAUGAACAUCUUGUGCUUCACCUGUCAGACCUUGAUUUUAACUCAUGGGAAAAAAAGGUCUCAAACCUCCUGUCCUGUCUCCUGCGUUGGUGCCAGUGGAGGGAGCAGGCCAGUUUCUCUGACUCCCUUCACUCAAACCAUUUUUUGGGACAGGAAAAGGAUAUUUUCAGUGCCACAUGUGCUGGCUUAGCCUGGCCUUGCUGAGGAAAGAUUUUCACCAUGUUCUGGCUCUUUCUGUGCCCCUCACACUGUCCCUGCUGCCACCUGCAAGCUGGGGUUUUCUCCAUCCACCACCCCCUGGGUUUUCAGAGCAGCCCAAUGCCUUGGCAUUUCUUUGCUGCAUUUUUUCUGGCUGCCAACACACCUCUGCUUUUCCCAUUUUUCUUCUUGCUGCAACAUAUUCGUCUCUUAUUCCAAAGCAAACCAACUCUGUGCCUCCUGACCCUGUCAGCCUGCAGUGAUUUAUAGGAACCCUUUUUUAUUUUUGUAUUGUAAUUAAUCCAUGACACAAUGAGAGAGAUGCCCAGGUGAGAUCCUAUUUUGUCCAAAACAAAAAGAGAAAAAAGCCUUUGCAUGAAUAUUUGUAACAAAACCCGUCCAAAAUCACAUUUUGCCUCUGUUUCAGUGUUACUGUGAAAGGAAUUUGUCUGUAAAAAAAUGCUUAUAUUGAUUAAAACUCUAUGGUUGCUGUGAAA